AUGGCACAAGGACUAAAUGGAACGGACGGGAACGAUGAGGCUCAUGUCCUCUUGAUCAUCACCGGCGGCACCAUCUGCAUGCAAGACUCCCCCGACGGUCUUGUGCCUACCAGAGACUUCGCCCACAACUGCCUCAGACCGCAUCCAGACUUUAAUGAGGACAGUUCGGUAUGGGAGUCGACGGAAGUUCGAGACGAACACGGCGGUUCUGCCUUCGCAGAUACUCUUCGUGCUCCUCCUCGGACGCCUGCCCUUGGAAGCUACAAGUACAGCGUCUUCGAAUUUUCGGAUCUUAUCGACAGCUCUUCGAUCGAUGGUAGCCACUGGAGUCUCAUCAUGAGAUGUCUGACGUCCAAUUGGGACCAAUUCGAUGCGUUCGUUGUGCUCCACGGUACGGACACCCUGGCCUAUACUGCUUCAGCGCUCGCUUUCAUGCUUGGCCCUCUGGACAAGACUGUAUUGGUCACUGGCUCGCAACUAAGCAUGUACGCACCGCAUAGCGAUGCCCACGAUAACCUUCUGGACUCGAUGACGAUCGCUGCCUCCUACAAGGUCUCUGAGGUUUCCGUUGUCUUCCACCAUCACUUGUACCGUGCAACUCGCGUGACGAAGGUCAGCGCCUUCAGCGUGGCAGGCUUCACGACACCCAACGCAAAACCUUUGGCCAGCUUUCAGAGGCACAUUGGCAGACCUUGGAGUGUCUUUGUGCACUCGGACAGCAUACGACCUGCCGACAGGUCCAGAAUCGCUCACUCAAAGUACGCUUCGAUCCGAUCAGACAGCGGGCCGACCAAGCUGGACACCAGUCGCGUAGCAGUCUUGAAGGUUUACCCAGGUAUUAGCAUCGGCCUCAUCAGCAGCAUCGUCCAGAUACCCAACCUCGGUGGCCUCGUUCUGGAAACGUUCGGCGCUGGCAAUAUUCCUCUCAGCAACGGCAGUAAAGGGCUCCUCGAAAUCCUGGCGGAUGCUGUGGAGAGAGGUUUGGUGAUUGUCUCGGUCACGCAAUGUCUGACCGGUAGUGUUACGACAGCCUACGAGUCGGCUCGAAGGAUGGAGCGGAAAGGCAUCGUCACCGGGCUUGAUAUGACCACAGAGGCUGCCUACACCAAGCUCGUCUAUUUGCUGUCUCGAGAGAGCCUUGGCCCGCAAGACGUCGCGAACAAGAUGCGGGAGGAUCUGCAAGGCGAGCUGACGGCUGACUUUAGGGAGGAGCAGAGGAUGAAGGAUAUGAUUCAGGAGUAG